AUGUGGUCGGGAGCUAACAGAGCUGCUGAGGAAUUUUACGCUGGUCUCCUGCAGAAAUUUGAUGAAGAAAAGAAAGGAAUAUGUAAAGGCCCAUUUAUCUAUGAGGCUGAUGUUCAAGUGCAGUUGAUCAGCAAAGGCCAGCCAAACCCUUUGAAAAACAUUCUACAUGAAAAUGAAACCAUGUUUAUUGUGGAAAAAGUGCCUUUAGAAAAGGAAGAACCAAGUCAUGUUGAAGAGCUACCGUCUGAAGAAACUGCUAUUUCUGAUCUCUCUACUAGUGAAAAUGUUGGGCUGCUUGCUUUACCAGUUGGGAGAGCCAGGCAGUUAAUUGGAUUUUAUACCAUGGCUCACAAUCCUAAUAUGACCCAUUUGAAGAUUAAUCGGCCCGUUGCUGCUCUUCCUCCCCUUUGGGUAAGGUGUGACGGUUCAGAUCCUGAAGGUAUCAGCUGGCUGGGAGCUGAGCUUCUCUCAACUAGUAGCAGCGUCACAGGAGUUGUCCUGUACAUGGUCACCUGCAGAGUGGAUAAAAAUUAUUCUGUAAAUCUUGAAGACCUAAAAAAGUCACACAAGAAAAGACAUCACUUGUCUACUUUAACAGCCAGCGGCUUUGCCCGGUACGAGCUCUUUAAGUCCACUGCCUUGGAUGAUAUAGUUGCUGCCUCACAAACCACGAUCACUUUGGAUAUUUCCUGGAGUCCUGUGGAUGAGAUUCUUCAGACCCCUCCACUCUCUUCCACUGCAGCUCUGAAUAUCAAGGUGGAAUCGGGAGAGCCGAGAGGUCCUCUGAGUCAGCUUCACAGAGAACUGAAAUUUCUCCUUGUUUUGGCUGAUGGUUUGAGGACUGGUGUAACUGAAUGGCCGGAGUCUCUGGAAGCAAAGUCUGCUGUUGAACUUGUGCAGGAAUUUCUGAAUGAGUUAAAUAACCUGAAUGAAUUUGGUGAUUCUACAAAAAAAGACACCGAGAUAGUGAAGAAUGACGCUGCUGCAGUUGAUGGGUCUAUUGAGUGUCUUCUUACAGUGCGGGGUGAUCUCGAUUUUGCUGAGCAGCUGUGGUGCAAAAUGAGCAGUAGUGUGAUUUCUUAUCAAGACUUGGUGAAGUGUUUCACAUUGGUCAUCCAGAGUCUACAGCACGGUGAUAUACAGCCAUGGCUUCAUAGUGGGAGUCGCAGCUUACUGAGUAAGCUUAUUCAUCAGUCUUACCAUGGAGCCAUGGACACGGUUUCUCUCAGUGGGACUGUUCCAGUUCAGAUGCUUUUGGAAAUUGGCUUGGAUAAACUGAAGAAAGAUUAUAUCUGUUUUUUCAUAGGUCAGGAACUUGCAUCUUUGAAUCAUUUGGAAUAUUUCAUUUCUCCAUCAGUAGAUACACAGGAACAGGUUCAUCGUGUUCAAAAACUCCACCAUAUUCUUGAAAUAGUAGUCAGUUGCAUGCUUUUCAUUAAACCUCAACAUGAACUCCUCUUUUCUUUAACACAAUCCUGCAUAAAAUAUUAUGAACAAAAUCCUCUUGAUGAGCAGCACAUUUUUCAGCUGCCAGUCAGACCAACUGCUGUUAAAGACUUAUAUCAAAAUGAGAAGCCACAGAAAUGGAGAGUGGAAAUAAAUAGUGGUCAAAAGAAGGUGAAAACAGUUUGGCAACUGAGUGACAGCCCACCUGUAGACCAUCUGAAUUUUCACAGACCUGAUUUUUCUGAAUUAACAUUAAACGGUAGCCUGGAAGAAAGGAUAUCCUUUACUAACAUGGUUACCUGCAGCCAGGUGCAUUUCAAGUGA